CAUAUGCAUUAUGAAUUCAGAGCCUCUGAACCUUUAUCAAACCUUAACAAGUUUUUAAAUCAUGUAAAAGAAGAAUAUCCACUGGAAUUCAUUACUUACAUACAAUAUAUUCUCACUUUAUACUAACUGUCUUCUGAUUGGCUAAUAAUUGUCAAGGUCAUUUAAGAUUCGUUCAAAGGUCGUCGCUAAAUUAGAGUCUCGCCUCUAAUUUGUUUAGACACUCGGUUACUCAUUGAACUAUAUUAGGUACUUUAGCACACAGUCUGCCUUAAAAGCAGGUAUACUUUAUUAUUUCAAGCAUCGUCUUAGCUUCACAUUUUUGUUCCACCAUAUGUAUUUUUAUUGAUUCCGAACGUUAUAAGAAUCAAAUGACAAGUUUCUUCUGGUAAUGAAAUACAUCUAUCAAUGCACUUCAAAUGCCUCACACAGUAUACAAGGAUUUUUUAUGUCAUACGUUUUUACGGUUGGAAACUGUAAACUAUGUGUUUCAUUACGGAAAGAAAUACUGAUAUUAUCUGCCGUUUCUUUAAAAAAUGUCAUGGUUAACCUAAAGAAUGCUCCCGAACCAGUCAGAAACGAGUUGGUGACUUCAAGGUUACGACGUGCAUGUCAGUCAGCCUUGUCGUUUAGCCAACGAUAGAAAUAUGUGAACUUGACGACUGGUUGCAUUUUGACAGGUCUCCAUGAGACUGAAAUAAGAAAUAUACCUCUCCCUAGACAAGAAACGUAUACAGUUCAAAAACAGAUCCCGAAAGUCCUAAAGCUCACCAGUUCCUUCUAGCAAACAGUAUGCCCAAUCAAAGACCGGAGACGUAAAAAUAUCUUGAAUCUGGUUAUCGAUAUUUUUGUUAUUACGCUCAUCAACACAAGCUGAAAACACUUCUGUUUUCAAGAGAGUUCCGUAAGUCGACUUUGCGGAAUCCGAUGUUGAAUGCGAGUUAUCCUAACAACAUUAGUGAUUCCUGUUCAAUUUCCGCAGAAGAUACUAAACUUCUAUUGAUUUCCGGCAUACCUAAGUUUUACCACGCUUCUAAUUUAAGGAAUUUUUUCUCACAAUUCGUUGAGUCAUCUAAAUUUUCAUGUUUUCACUAUCGUCACAGACCAGAUAUCGUGGGUAUAGAACCAACUACUGAAAUAGAUGGAACCAAGUUCCUUAAGUCCAUCAAACUAGUUGCCAAAAGCAAAGCAACGUGCUGUGCUAUUUUCUCUAUCUACGGAAAAUAUAUCAAAGAGCUUUUUCGUUUAUACAGUGGUCUUAAUUGGCCUAAUGAGAAUGACGAUGUGCCUUUAGAAUUGAAAUGUACCUUACAUUUAUUAGACCAUGCAACUGUGGAACAAUUUAGCUGUUUACCUGAGUUCAGACCACUAUCAUGGAUGCCUCGUGGGAACGUCGGGACACCUACUCAGUACUUUUUCAGUCUGAUCAAAGAGUGUAAACUGGAGAGUUCAAUUAUUUCCAAGCUUAAUUUAGACUUCUCUACUCAAGCUAAGAGCCGCAAAUAUGGCGCAGUUCCUUUCAUUUAUGAAAGUUUAAGUACAGGGGAUGAAAGGUUUCAAUUUUCGGAAUCAAAUAAUGCUGACUUUGAAUGUGGUGUCGUCUGUAAUUCUUAUAUUCCCAAUAAGGUAUGUUAGAUUCACAUUGUGUGAUGUGUGUGAAAUAUUUUUCGGUCUACUGAAAGCUCCUGUAAGGUGUUCGCUAAGGAUUUGUAAAUUGUUACGCGAUUCUAAAACUUACAUCCCAUAGAAGUUUACAAAUCAUAUUGAUAGAAUAUUCAACGUCGGCAUGUUAUUGCUCUUCAGUUUAAUAGCUGUUUCCAUCAGUAAAAGUUGCGACUACACAGAAGUGCGUAUUCAACUUUCUGUAGGUAGUGGACUGUUAGUUUUGUUGCUAUAAAUUCUUUGUACUAAUUGAAGAAUUUCAGAUGGUAAAUUUCCACGGAUAGUUUAUUGUAUGUACCCUUUAUAAUCUCAUGUUCGUUGUUUAAUUGACUUGAGUAGACAACUGACUAACACUUCAUUUAUAUCAACAUUUGUAUUCAACAUACAUAGUGGUAGGCUCAAAAAAUUAAGUGAUCACCUUGAAUACAUCUAAAUUUCUGUAAAUCAGAAUUUUAAGUGCUUGACUUGAGCCAUAGGUAAAAAACGCUUUUGUUUUAGACCAUCAUAUGUUGCCAUCACCACACAAUUAGGGUUUUGAUGUAUAAGAACAUCCACUUGGUUAUUGAUUUGGUUUAGCAAUAAAACCUUGUAACCUCAUUCUAACUAAGUGAAGUUCGAAGAUGUUUUGCGGUUACCCUGGAUCGACGGGGGCGAGGAUUAGAAGCGGCUUAGACAUGAAUUGUAGAAAGAUACAAAGAUUUGUUUGUGAUGACUGUAUAAAAAUUUGUUUGACCAAUGUAGUGUUUAAAAUCAAGAGUUUCGAAUUCCAUGAGUAGACCUGACAUAGUGGUGUAAGAUGUAAAAUCUUAACAAUGGAGUCUUAAUUUCAAAUCUCACCUUAGAACUUCUAUGUAACCCCUCUACAGAUGUGGUUGAGAAAUGCGCAUACAAGUAGUUUGUAAUAUUUUGGUUGUUUGUUCAACACACGCUGAUUUCUGUAACAGUAAAUCAAAUAGGGUUCAUAAAAACAAUAACUUACACAGUUCAUCAUUGUCUAUAAAAAGUUGUCGCUGUUUCAACAGUUAAAGGGACAGCAUUCGGAAUCGUGCUUACAUUAAUGUGGCUUUUGGUUCAGCGGGACUCAUAUAGUCACAAUAACGUAAAAUGUGUCAUUUUUCUAUAGAUUUUAGAGUUAUUCUGUAUUCAGUUUUUGUUUUUUCCUUAUUUUAACGCUAACGUAGUGGUCUCUGUAAUGAAUACUUUCUGUUUCACUACUAACUAUCUUAAGAGUAAUUAAAGUCUCUUCAUGAUAGGAAUGUCUUUGGAUGUGCUUCUAGAAGCUUCACACCAUUCGCUAUAGCAAAAAUUUGUUUAAUUCUUUAUACUUAGUUUUUCACUCAAUUUUAGUAAUUUAAAUUUAAAAACUCUGUUUUAGCGUCGUGCACCCUCCAGUAAUGUUUUAGAAUUAGUUUCAGACCCAGUUAGUUUUGAGGAUGAGGAUGAUAUCCCAGAAGAAUGGGAUCGUUUCGAAGCAUUACAUGACGACCCGUACAAUUUAGACAGAGGGAACAAGGCACAGUUAAAGUAUGAAAGUAAAAUUGAACUUGUUUGGGAAAAGGGUGGAUCUGGCCUAGUUUUCCACACUGAUCAACGUACUUGGGAGAAGUUAGACCCACUAAGAAAAGAAGAAAUUUUUGACGAACCCUCAUCUUUCGAUUGGGAUAUAGACAUGCAGCCAUAUGAAACACCAACUGGCAUUGGUACGGGUCCAUGUCCAAAUGGAUUUCAGGGUGGAGAUAGAGAUACAGCUGAACUUAUUGAUAUAAAUCGAGAAAGGGAAUCUAUUCGUGUUCAAGACCUUGCACAUAAUCCGUAUGCCCUUUUUACCAGCGAAGUAAUUACCAAAGUGAGUCUUCUUGGUCCUUUUAGUUUUUAGUCUAAUAAAUAUUCUUUUGUGAAAUUUUCAAGCAUAUAUUUCUGUUAGAAACGAGGUACAAAAAAUCACUGGAAGACUACUUGACUACUCAAACAGACUAAUUUGUAAAAUGAAAUGUCAGUUACAGGCUGGGAAUACCAGGAAAUUUGCUGUAUCCUUUCAUUGCUCACUGUUAAGGUACUUAAGUAAGAUAGGGGGGUUAUAUAAGUCGCGUCGAGAUUUGGUAGUAUGUUUUAACAGUGAAACCUGUAUAUAUAUUAGUGUAGAGCCAUGAUGAAAAACUAAUUGAAAAGAAAUCUCUUCGCUCAAUUCGUUCCUUCUUUAUUUACCAAAUGGCAAAAUGGGAAUUUUCACUAUAUUGAAACCUGUUCAAUUGACUUAUAUUGCGGUCCAAAUUUUAGUUUGGUUGAAAUAGUAUAAUCGGAUGAAAGGUAUUUGGGUCAAGUUAUAAUCCACAUACAUGUUGGUACAGACUGAAGUACCUUUUCGAUCGAUCUAAAGUAGCUGAUAUGCUCUACAAUCGAAACUGAGAGUCUCUCUUAUUUGGGUCUUCGUUUUGCUUUUUGGAAUGAUUAUUAAUUUUAAAUUUCAUUAUUAUGUGCCUUCAUGAAGACGUUUUGUAUAUGAUUCGUCUCUUGUCAUCUAGUGUUUGCUAGGGUUUUAGUAUUUCUAAAUUAGUAAGUGGCAAAAAUAUGGAAAAAUGAUAAUAUUUGUAUAAAGUAGUAGCUUUGAGAUUGGGAAACCAAUGGAUCACCGAUCCAAGCCUCAAUCUACCAACUUCGGUUUAGAUAUCUGUGUAGUAUCUCUAGCCCUCAUAAACGUGUUGUCUAAAACCGAGUACUUGAAAGCAAGUUCAGUCAAUAAUAAAUAUAUGUUUAGACUUACCGGGUAUGACUUACAACAGAGAUUAUAAUCAGCGAUAUUAUCGAUGAAAUAGUUAAUUAGGGAUCCACUUUUAGAUAAGGUGACUCAUUAAGUGCUAAUAAUCUACCUUUGAAUGCAUUUCGAUUCUCUACUGUUCAGCUAAAGUGAACGUUAAAUAUAUGAGUUGAUUAUUAACUACUAUCGACAAAAGGUAUAUCAUGUUGUGUAGCGCAUCAUAUAUCGUGUUUAGGUUGUAAAUUGAGAUUGUUUACAAUUAGUAUUAAGUCUUGGUUUGGAAGUGUAAUUUUGUCAUAAAUUAUUUGAAACCACACUGUUGGUUGUGUUUCUACUUACCUAGCUCCGUAUAACAAUGACCGUUUACUGUUUCCACAAAACAAAAACGAAAUCCUCCUCCACGAGGGGUAACAGGCGUAAGUAAGUAGGAACUUAAAAAAAAGGAUGCGGUAAGAAUGUGGAAAAAUGUUGUGUUUACAGUCUAUUUGUUUAAAUUUGUCACCAGUAAAUUAUGUUGAGUUUUCCUACUCUCCUAAACGUUUUCGGUAGGGUUAUGGUGGUCAACUAUUAAAACGGAUGGGUUGGAUUCCAGGUACUGGACUCGGAGCUAAAAGAGGUCAUCCUAGAGUUUCUUCGGGGAUAAAAGUUCCUAUAACUUGUGAAGGUAGUCUUCCACCCAGAGUUCGGAAGGGUCUUGGUUACUACGGGGAGCGAAUCUCACGCAGUUCUAACAAGCAGUUAUUCAGUGGGGGAUCAAACUCCUGUAAAAUAAGACACGCAACAAAAUCUGUAUAUAUCCGAUCUGUGUUUGAUUCUCCGCAGACUGUUGCUCAUCGUAGUGGGCUUGGUUUUUCUCCCAGUAUUUUGAGACGUAAUGAUCCUGGGAUGGUCGUAAAGUGGUUAAAUGAUAGAGAAGAAUCAUUGGAUCAUCCGUUAUCCUCCAAACCUUUAUAUGAGAGACUUCCAAUUAAAAACCGUACCAUUAUUUUGAACACUUACAGUAAUCUAUCUAAAGAGGGUAUUUCUUUUGUAUCUGGUGGUUACUUAAAUCCAUCAUAGUUUUUUCAAUGUAUUUAAACCUUAUGUAUAUAUAUUCUGUCGUAAUUCAAUGUGUAUAAUUCAGAGAUUUUUGUGAUUUCAUAGUUUUAUAUUUUAUCUUGCAUUCUUUAUGCUUAAAAUAAAAUCCUAAUCUGUUGUUGUAUUAGUCGUAUUUUCGAUUUUUAUUUUGUUCUAAUGAAGCUAACGCCUGACGUUUUUAUAAUAUAGCGACAUUUUAUUAGUUAGUAUUUAACUACUUACUUCCUAGUUUUUGUCAUAGGUGUAUACUGAUUAUCACGUUUGAUCAUUCAGCCAAGAUCAAAAUAGUAGGUAAUAAUAGAAGUGAACCGUAUAGUUUUAACGAUAUAUGACAUCGCACUACAGUGUGGUCUGAAUGUAUGAUUGUACGUGUUAAUGUAUAUACCUCGCGUCAACUUGAAGCAUCUACUGUUUCUCUGCUUAUUUUAUUUGAACACAUAAAUAUUGGUACGAGAGGGCACCAAAUAUAUAUACGCCACGCAAGACAAUGAGAAUUCGAAGAGAAAGAAAAAAAGGACAAUAACGAAUAGAUUAGUGUAAGGUGGUGUAAUAAUAAUAAUAAUAAUAAU